UUCUCUCAUGGGUUCUAGGCCACUUUCAUGGUGUUCCAAGCCUUGGCCCAAUACCAGAGGGAUGUCCCUGACCAUGAGGAUCUGAAUCUGGAUGUGUCCAUUGACUUGCCCAGCCGCGGCUCUGCAGUCACGCACCGCAUCUUCUGGGAAUCCGCUAGCCUCUUGCGAUCAGAAACGACCAAGGAAAAUGAGGACUUCACAUUAACAGCUAAAGGGAAAGGACAAGGCACCUUGUCGGUGGUGACAAUGUACCAGGCCAAGAUCAAAGGCAGAACCUCUUGCAAUAAGUUCAGUCUCAAGGUUAACCUGCGACCAGCCCCUGAAGUGAAGAAGCCUCAGGACGCCAAGAGCACCAUGUUACUCAACAUCUGUACCAGGUACCUGGGAGACCACGAUGCCACUAUGUCCAUCCUGGAUAUAUCCAUGAUGACUGGCUUUGCUCCUGACACUGCUGACCUCAAGCAGCUGGCCAGUGACACUGACAGUUACAUAUCAAAGUUUGAGUUGGACAACAAGGCCUUCUCCAACAAGAACACCCUCAUCAUCUACCUGGAUGACGGCUUCCACUGGGACCUUGACUCAUACGUGGCUGGCCUUUUCCUUCUCUAUUGGUCUUUGUCUUAGAGUCCUCUCUUGAUCCAUUCCUUCUAGAAGAAAAGAGGAUUGAUAGUGCAUGAGAUGGGUUUUUAAGUUUUGUUUUUCAUUUUCAUUUUUGUACUUUUAAUUUUUUAUGGAAUCCUAACCCUACAGAGCAAUUAUAAAGCAGUAUAAAAAGUUCCAUACACCCUUUACCCAGAUUCAUUAAAUAUUAGCAAUUUCCUCCAAAUAUACAUGUCUAUCACAUAUACAUACAUAUCUGUCUGUCUUCCUUCCUUUUUUUUUCUUUCUCAUUUAUUUUCCCAGCCUUAUUGAGAUAUAAUUGGCAUAUAACACUGUGUAAGUUUAUGGUAUACAAUGCAAUGAUUGGAUAUAUGUAUAUUGGAAAAUGAUGACCACAGUAAGGUUAGUUAGCACAUGUACCACCUCAUAGUUUUAACGUGUGUGUGUGUGUGUGUGUGUGUGUGUGUGUGGUGAGAACUUUUAAGAUUUACUAUAUUAGCAGCUUUCAAAUAUGCAGUGCAGUAUUGAUAACCAUGGGAUGUUUUUAGGGGCACAGAUAGCAAUCCGUUGGCCAGAAUUCAAUUUCAUGGUCACACCAAAUGGAAAGGGAGGCUGAGAAGUGUAAUCUUGCCAUGAGCCUUGG